AUGUUUCAACCAAAAACAAUCUGCAUUUUGGUAACUAUCAUUGUUCUGAGUUCCUUUUCACCACUUGGAUUAGCAAUGCUGAACUUAACUCUCCCUGGAACUCACCCUGACCCUGAGGCUGUUGCUCAUGAAGUUCACAGGAAGGUGAAUGCAUCAAUGGCAAGAAGACAAACACUAUCAUCCGGAUCUGCAUGCACGACAGGAAACCCUAUCGACGACUGUUGGAAAUGCGAUCCAGAAUGGCCAAACAAUCGCCAAAGGUUAGCAGAUUGUGUAAUCGGGUUCGGUCAGUAUGCGAAAGGAGGAAAAGGUGGUGAAUACUACGUUGUAACGGAUUCAUCAGACGAUGAUCCCGUUACACCAAAACCUGGUACAUUAAGAUACGCCGUUAUAAAAAACGAACCGUUAUGGAUCGUGUUUCCUAGUAACAUGAUGAUUAAGCUGAAGCAAGAGUUGAUUUUUAAUAGCUAUAAAACAAUUGAUGGACGUGGUGCUGAUGUUCAUAUUGUUGGAGGAGGGUGCAUUACUUUGCAGUUUAUUAGUAAUGUUAUUAUACAUAACAUUCAUAUUCAUCAUUGUCAUCCAUCAGGAAACACAAACGUAAGAUCUAGUCCAGAACACUAUGGUUACAGAACAUUAUCAGACGGAGACGGAAUCUCCAUAUUCGGUUCAAAAGACAUAUGGAUCGACCACUGCACACUCUCACAUUGCAAAGACGGACUAAUCGACGCGAUAAUGGGAUCAACCGGAAUAACAAUAUCCAACAACUUCAUGUCACACCACAACGAAGUCAUGCUUCUCGGCCACAGCGACGACUACCUCCCCGACUCCGGAAUGCAAGUCACAAUCGCAUUCAACCAUUUUGGGGAGGAGCUUGUUCAGAGGAUGCCGCGUUGUAGAAGAGGCUACAUCCAUGUCGUCAACAACGAUUUCACUCAAUGGGAAAUGUAUGCCAUUGGUGGAAGUGGCGAACCGACUAUUAACAGUCAGGGAAAUCGUUAUGUUGCUCCGGUUAAUCUUUUCGCUAAAGAGGUUACUAAGAGAGUUGAAACAGAACAGAAUAAGUGGAAAGGAUGGAAUUGGAGAUCUGAAGGUGAUGUUAUGGUUAAUGGUGCUUUCUUUGUUACAUCUGGCGAGAGUCUUGAGGUUAAGUAUGAGAAAGCUUUUAGUGUUGAACCUCAAUCUGCUGAUAGGAUUGUUUUUCUUACCAUGAAUGCUGGUGUUCUUGGUAAUGCAAGGGACAAUAACGUGGGAAUGUGGAGUAGAGGACCAAGCAGCAACGACGAGGGUGUCUCAGAUUCUGGCCCGGAUUACACAGAUGAUAUGUCGGGCAGUGCACUAGUGGUGUUAUCGUCUUCUUUUACUAUGUUGUGCUUCUUGUUGUCUUACAGAGUGAUUCUGUUAACAGUUAUUCUAUAA